AUGAUAUCUCUUCUCAAUAUCCUGAAAGGGGUGCCGGUCCUCGCUGUCGCUGCAUGGGCAGCAGCGAGUUACCCUGCCAAGCCCGUCGACUUGACUACCCCUGUCCAGCAACGCAUCGCUAUAGCCGGACCAAGCUCUAUAUCGGUGGGCUGGAACACAUACGAGCAGAUAGCCCAGCCGUGCGUGCAAUAUGGCACAUCCAAUGACAGUCUCACCCUGCAGGCCUGCUCAACCUCAUCGGCCACGUAUCCCACCUCGCGGACCUACUCCAACAUGGUGGUGUUGACAGGCCUGGCACCGGCUACGACCUACUACUACAAGAUCGUGUCGACCAACUCCAGCACGGAGCACUUCCUCAGCCCACGGCCCGCAGGCGACAAGGGCGCAUUCUCGCUUAACGCCGUCAUCGACAUGGGCGUCUACGGCGUCGACGGCUACACCAUCGAGAUGGACAUGUCGAAGCGGGACGCGAUCCCGUCGAUCGACCCCUCGCUCAACCACACGACCAUCAGCCGACUAGCCUCCAGCAUCGACGACUACGAGCUCGUCCUGCACCCGGGCGACCUGGCCUACGCGGACGACUGGUUCGAGCGGCCCAAGAACCUGCUCGACGGCGCCAACGCCUUCGAGGCCAUUCUCGAGCAGUUCUACUCGCAGCUGGCCCCUAUCGCGGGGCGGAAGCCGUACAUGGCGAGCCCCGGUAACCACGAGGCCAACUGCCAGGAGGUGCUCGGUCCGUACGCAUGCCCAGAAGGGCAGAAGAAUUUCACGGACUUCCAAAACCGCUUCGGCGGCGCCAUGCUGCCGCCGGCGUUCCCGUCGACGUCGGGCAGCGACGCGGCGCGCGUGGCCGCCAACGAGGCCCAGAUGCUGGCGAACCCGCCCUUCUGGUACUCGUUCGAGUACGGCAUGGUGCACGUCGUCAUGAUCGACACGGAGACCGACUUUGCGGACGCGCCCGACGGGCCCGGCGGCUCCACCGUGCUCGACAGCGGGCCCUUCGGGUACGCGGACCAGCAGCUGCAAUUCCUCGAGGCGGACUUCGCGUCCGUCGACCGCACCGUGACGCCCUGGCUGCUCGUUGGCGGCCACCGGCCGUGGUACACCACGGGCGGCGAUAGCGAUGGGUGCGCCCCCUGCCAGGCGGCGUUCGAGCCGCUGCUGUACAAGUACGGCGUCGACCUCGCUAUCUUUGGCCACGUGCACAACUCGCAACGCUUUCAGCCCGUGAACAACGGCACCGCGGACGCGGCCGGCCUGGACGACCCGGCCUCGCCGAUGUACAUCGUUGCGGGCGGCGCGGGGAAUAUUGAGGGACUGAGUGCGGUGGGCACCGAGCCGGCGUAUACUGCGUUUGCGUACGCGGACGACUUUAGUUAUGCGCGCUUGUCGUUCUUGGAUGGAAAUAAUCUGCAGGUUGAGUUCAUCAGGUCCGCCACGGGCGAGGUGCUGGAUACGUCGGUGUUGUAUAAGGCCCACGCGGAGCAGUUUGUUGUGCAGUAG